AUCGGCGUAUGACACUUUACCCAAGCAUUUCAGCUCGAGCUAGCGUGGUAUACCCUCGGUAGAGCUCUCGGGUAAGACCUGUCGGGGAGCUGACCCGAUGCUACGGAGGGUGCUCGUUGAAAAGAGACAAUCGGGGACUGUAUUAUGGACGAGGGUGCCGGUCUAUAUAGCAUAUAAAAGGCUGGCGUAAAAGAAAAUGACUUGACAGCAUCCCCCAUCUGUACUCUUCAUCAUGCUCGCCAAGCACCUAUUCGUGGCCACCGUGUUCACUGCCGCCGCCAUGGCUAGGCCCUUGCUCAAUAUCAAGAGGGACGACUUUGGUCUCGAGUGGAUGACCAAGGACGGAUCAUCUUCCUCUCUGCCCAAGAUUGUUCUCUAUGAUACCGGCGGUACCAUCGUUCAGGCAUCCAACUACUCUCGUCUCGAUAACAUCAAUUAUGGCGACGGCGUUUCUCCCACAGCCCAGGAGCUCGUCAGCAACUAUAGCGAGAUUCUCGACAUCGCGCAGAUCGCCUUUUUCCAUUUCCCUGCAUCGAGCGACAGUGCGGGGCUCAACAGUACCGUCUUUUUCAACGUCAGCCAAGCUGCGAAUCGACAUUUGUGCUCGCCCGAUUCAGAGAUUGCCGGAGCGGUUUUGAUCGGAGGUACCAACACCCUUGAAGACACGUUCUUUGGUGUCGACCUCACUCUCAACUGUUCCAAGCCGUUUGUCACGACAGGUGCUAUGCGUCCUCAGACUUACAUCUCUCAUGACGGUCCUUCCAACUUGUACCAAGCCUUCGCCGUGGCCGCCGACCCUGAGGCUUGGAACCGUGGAGGUCUCGUCGUAUUCAACGACCGCAUUUCCUCGGCCUUUUACACCAUGAAGACGGACGGCAACACUGUCGAUACUUUCAAGGCACUGGAGCAGGGCAAUUUGGGUACUUGUUUGGGAGGCCAGCCGUACUGGUUCUUUGAGCCCAGCUACCCAGUGGCGAGAGGGCACUUCGACCUGCAAGCGGCCGGACUGACUAGCGGAGACGAGCUCCCUAGUGUCGCGGUACUGUUUGGUUCUCAGGGCUUUGAUGCAUCCUUGAUGUACGCUGCUGUCGCCAAUGGAGCCAAGGGCAUCGUGGUCCAGGGAUCCGGUGCCGGCAAACUUUCACCCAACGCUGUGACUGCUGCAGCCGACUUGAAGGAAAAAGGCAUCCCCGUGGUUGCCUCUCUCCGACCCGUCACUGGUGCUUCCGUCCCCCCACCUUACGUGACCUCGUAGCGAGUCACUGCUUGAGCCCCAACAGGAAGAAGCUGAACCCUUUUAGCAUUUCGUCUGGGUACAUGCAGGCCGGCAAGUCCAGAGUCCAGCUCCAGCUCUGCCUUGCAGUCGGAGCUGGUUGGGAUGGAUGCCAAGAAGCCUUUGAGAAGGAUAUGCGCGCGGCGAUCUACAACAGUGUCACUACAUACUAUUAUUAGGCGACUGAUCGUAAGCGUGGUGUUUAGGUAGAGUACUGUACAAGAGUCAACUCUCGAGUACUUGGUGAGGGUAGAAAAGUAUAAUAGAUUCGAAUCGUGAAUUAUAAUGAGCCUUGCGUAGAACAUGUAUAGAUGCAGCAAGCACA